AGGAGUCAUCUUCAAACCAAUAAAACAAAUGUUAGAGGCAUACUUAAAACUAAAAAAUUAUCAUAUGUCAAAGAUUUGUUAACAGUAAUCCUUUGCGGCCUUCCCUGGCGACGACUUUUGUCUCCUUCCCUCAAUCUCCCGCUCUGCCCUCCUCUUGACGCCGACUCCAUCUGGGAAAGUAGGUAUAAUGGCAUAAAACAAUCAAGGAGAAUUUUGGAACACCCACACCAGUCAGCGUACAAGCUAUGAUUCUAUUCAUGGAGUUGCAGAUCGUAAGCUGAGCACAAUGACCACAGAGACCAUUGAUUUAUUAGGUACAUCAGAUGUUUCUAUGGCUUCAAGCAUGGAAAAGCCCAAAACUUCAGAUGACCCAGACCCUAUGGAAGGGAGUGAUGACUCUAAUGACGAAGAGCAUGAUGUAAAAGUUUGUGAUAUAUGUGGGGAUGCUGGCCAGGAGGAUUUACUUGCUGUGUGUUGUAAAUGUACUGAUGGAGCUGAGCAUACUUAUUGUAUGCGAGAAAUGCUUGAGGAAGUUCCAGAGGGUGAUUGGCUAUGUGAAGAAUGCAAGUGGGAGCAGGACAUGAAAACUCAAAAGCGAAACGAAACUUGUGAGGUUACUAGCGAAAUUUCCUGUGCACCAAAAUCACAAGGUCUUAAAUCUUUUUCAGGCUCACCAAAAUCACAAAGAACUGCUGUUUCUUCACUUUCUCGUGGAAGCUCAUUUAAGAGCUCUGACAAGGGGAAAGCGAAAAUAGAUCCAUUGUUUGCUGGUACUUUUCCAAAGUCCAAUUCAUCUAGCUCCCGAAUUGGCAGUCCAAGAAUCAAACCCGGGGAUGGAGUUUUUCCUUCAAAGCAGAAGUUGGUUAAAGAAUCUGUUUCUACUAAUUCAAAAGAGGGGUCCAUCAGCUCAAUGGGAAAAUUUAUGUCUUUAAAACCCACCAGCUCGAGUUCUGGUGGUGCUGAACUAAUAGUCCAGACACCUAGGUUUUCUCAUGACGAGGAUACAAAAUCACCUAGGUUUUCUCAUUAUGAGGAUACAAAAAGGCAAAGAUAUACCAAAGAAGACCGUUCAUUUGAGAGGAAGAGUUCUCUAGGACCAGAAAGAAAAUUUAAUGAAGAGGUGUUGGAUUUUGGUGGAAAUUCACCUGCCAAGGCAGUUAUUAGCUAUUCUGAUGAAGAAAAGUCUGGUCAGGCUGCUUUUCCAAAGGAAGAUAGACCUGUGGUUGAUGCACCCGUGGUUAAUAGACCUGUGGUAGAUGCACAUGUUGCGAAAAAUUCAGGGGAGACCAUGAAUAGCACAUGUGAUUUGAAAGCUGCAAUUGAGGCUGCUAUGCUCAAGAAACCUGGAAUUUGCAGAAAGAGUAAGGCGAACACAGACAGUGAUCAUCAGAAGAGAAGUUUUAAAUGCUCUUUGGAUAUCCUUCGUGCUGAAAGUCUCAGAAGUGUAGAUAAACUAGCAAUAUCAAUACUUGUUAAAACAGCCAUCCCAAAACAUCAGUUCAUAUGGAGAGGAGAAUUUGAGGUUCGCAAGAGUGGGAAUGCGCUAGAUUUAUGUGAUGGGAUUCAAGCACAUUUAUCAUCUUGUGCAUCUCCUAGAGUUGUUGAUGAAGUUAGGAAAUUCCCAUGCAAGGUCUUGCUUAAUGAAGUGACUCGUUUGAGUACCUGGCCUCUGCACUUCCAUGAGUUUGGGGUUAGAGAAGAUAACAUAGCCCUCUUCUUUUUUGCCAAGGACCUGCGGAGUUAUGAGAAGAGCUAUAAAGUGCUACUUGCAAAUUUGAUGAAGCAUGACCUAGCUCUUCAAUGCAACUUUGGAGGCAUUGAGCUGUUGAUAUUCCCGUCUAACCAGCUUCCAGAAAACUUCCAACGGUGGAAUAUGAUGUUUUUCUUAUGGGGCGUGUUCAGAGGGAAGAAGGGAAAUUCUUCUCAAUAUGUUCAUUGUGAAAAUCCUGCUCUACAAGUAUCUGAACCUGCAUCUUCAAAUAAAGAGGUUGAUGAAGCAGCAGCAGGUGCUAUGGUAGCAAGUUCAUCAAAGGAAACUGUCAACAGAAUUGAAUCCAACCACAAAUCUGCAGAUGUAGGAACAACUCCAGACAACAUGGAUAUAGACACAAUGCCAUGAAUAUGCAAUCCUAUGUUACAGUCUGCGAGAUUUGUUGUUUGCAAAGCACAUCGCGACAAGAAAAGGAAGCCCAUUUUUGGUAUAUGACAGCCAGCCACUAGGUGCUCGAAUGGAUUUUUUGCAUCAGAUUCACGAGGCUGGAAAGACAAGCUAGCAGGUACGUUACUAUUAUCUUGGAAGAAAUUAAAGCUCUCGGAGUAUGGAGACUCUGAUCCAUAAUGUGUCCCAAACAACAACCCUUUUUUUGAAUAGUAGUGACUUAGGUUAUAAAACAAUGUAGAAAUAUGUCAAAAAACACAUCAACCAAAGACCAAGCUUGUUGUAUAUAGACAAGGGUUGGUUACUCUGCCUUCCCUACCUUUUGUUCCCUAAGGAAAAAUUCUGAAAAGUUAUACUCCGUAAUACUUAAUUUGUCUCAAAAUUAAAGUCACACUUUUUAUUUGACAUACCUGACACACUAAUAAGAUUAUAAUGCUCCU